UGGAUGUGUGUCAACUGCACUGAUGAAAGAUCAACUACUGUCACACCAGUGACACCCACCACCACUAACAAUCCAGAUACCAGUGUCACACCAUCCACGACAACUCAGAAUCAAUCUCCCACUCUUCCACAACCCGAGAUUGUUAUAAAUAUAUCUUCAGAUAAUACAACAGACUGGAGUAAACCUAAACCCUCAAAAGCAUCAGAGAUUCUGGAGAAAAUGCACUCCUGGGUGAAGGAGAUGGAAACAAACAAUAAAAGCAAUGCGGGGAUUGUGAUGGGGGAUAUUAUUGGUGUUCUCCAAAGAAUAGCCAAGAACACAGAAAGCAAAGACAUUAAAAUAUGCUACUCUUCAAAACAGAACAUGAUCAACGUUGUUAAGAAUAACCUGCAGGCAGACUUUCCCUGGUCUGUAAAUGUUCCCAGCGAGGCCUUUGAUAAAUCACGUCUUGAAAACAAUGGAAGUGCAUUUGUUGGAGUUUUAAGGUUCAAAAAUAUGAGAAAUAAGGAUGACACUGUUUUGAACGAUGAGGUUUAUGGAAUAACGAUGGGUGCCAAUAUCUCCAACCUUACCAGCAAUAUAGAAAUGUUCUUUACACAGAAAGAUCUGGUCGGUAAUGCAUCCUGCAGUUCUUGGGAUGGCAAAGGAAAUCUAAAAUGGACGAUGUCCGGCUGUGAGACAGUAAAAAUCGACAAUGACACCAUAAAGUGCUCGUGUUCACAUCUGACGUUCUUUGCAGUGCUGAUGUCUCCUCCAGAUGUAAAUCCAAACAUCACAGCUUUGUAUGUGGAAUCAUUGAGCUUCAUCACUUCUAUCGGCUGCGGCAUCUCCAUGUUUUUUCUGUCCGUCGCUCUGUUCAUGCAUUUCCUAUUACGGAAAGCCAAAUCAAAUCAAGCCACGAAGAUCUUGAUGAACAUGUUUGUGGCUUUGUUUCUCCUGAAUUUAUCCUUUUUGUCAAACGAGAGCGUCGCCAACACAGAAGACAAGGCUGCGUGCGUCUUCAUAGCGCUGCUCAUGCAUUACUCAAUGCUGACUACAUUCACCUGGUUCUUCAUUCAAGCUCUUCAUAUGUACUUAUGGCUCAUCAGACAGAACGUCACCAUCGCAAACUACAUGAGGAAGAUCACCGUGUUCGGCUGGAUGUUUCCGGCUCCAAUAGUCGUAGCUGUUGUUUCAUUACGAGGAUAUAACGAAGUGAUUAUAAAAGCAACAUCUGGAAAAACCACACGAAUGUGCUGGAUUACAGAUCCGUUAAUUCACUACACAGUGAACAUUGGCUUCUACGCUUUAGUCUUCAUCUCCACGACAGGAAUCUUCAUCAUGAUCGUCACUAAGAUUGUCCAAGCCCGACACAUAAAAGUGGCUAACGGCAAGAGAAAGACGUUCAGAAAGCAGCUCAUGAUGGUGUUGAGCUUGUUCCUGCUCUUCGGCCUGACGUGGGCUGUGGCGUUCUUCAGUUAUGGACCGAUGCUCAUCCCCUCAUAUUACAUCUUCACCGUGUUGAACUCGUUUCAGGGGUUUCUCCUCUUCCUGUAUUACUACCACAUUCAUAAUGAUGUUGCAGGACAUUUCUCUGAUGAUCCAGGAAGCUCCAGCUCCACCACAACCAUCAUUCAAUCCAGCAUUGAUGUUGUGGAAAAUAUUUAA